AUGGAUCACCCAAUGCCCAUAACUGUCCUCAUCUCCGGCAACGGAUCGAAUUUCCAGGCUGUAAUCGAUGCAAUCCGCGCCGGAGAACUCCCUGCCAAAAUCGUCCGUGUAAUAUCUAACCGGAAAGAUGCUUACGGGCUCGAGCGGGCCAAAAAGGCCAACAUCCCUGCCCACUAUCACAAUCUAGUGAAGUAUAAGAAACAGCACCCGCCUACGGAAGAAGGGGUUAAACUGGCUCGUGAGGAAUAUGAUAGAGAACUGGCAAGAUUGGUUCUGGACGAUUCUCCAGAGCUGGUUGUCUGUCUGGGGUUCAUGCAUGUGCUUUCCCCCACGUUCUUGGACCCGGUCAAAGGUGCAAAGGUCAAAGUCAUCAAUCUGCAUCCCGCAUUGCCUGGCCAGUUCACCGGCGCUAAUGCUAUACAACGCGCCCAUGCCGCCUGGCUGGAAGGAAAGAUUGAUCACACCGGAGUCAUGAUCCACGACGUCAUACCCGAAGUGGACUUGGGAGUCCCCCUUCUUGUCAAGGAGAUCCCCUUUAUCAAGGGCGUGGACGAGGAUCUGAGCGCCCUGGAGCAGAGAAUCCACGAAGUGGAGUGGAAAGCCGUUAUUGAAGGGGUGGGAAUCGCUAUUCGAGAGAUCCAUCUUAUCAGAGGCUGCCCACUUCCGGAAAAGAGGGUAGGCACCAACGGGACACAGGGGUGA